CAAGUGGUGCUUUAUCCACCCUGUCCCGCUCUGGGUAAGAGGAAACCCUUAACUGCUCUGGCUCAACCAGCUUCACCCUUUUUCUCCUUUUCUCUCCCUGGAUUUUCACUCACGCCCGUCAAACGUGUGCACGCUCAGGACGAGAAUGGCAGCAUCAUCUGCGCAGAGAACUAACGGGCCUUGCAGAAUGUUGGCUUUGCUCCUCGUCGCCUCAGUCUUAAAUGCAGGAGUCAUGGCACAGGAAGAGGAAAUUGUCGCAGUGACGGUGCCAUUUGUGGAAACAGGCGUACGAGGAGACAUGUCUCCAAGGGCGACUGAAGCUCCUGAGUCAGAGGAUCCUCAAAUCCUGGUUUUCCCCAGCAUGGGCCCUGGAGUAAUGACCAAACAGACGACAGCAGCACCGACAACAGCAACAGCUACAGAACAGGCAGUAGCCAACAACGACAGCAACCCUGCAGCUCCAGAGGACACCGCAGAUGAGAACACUGAGUUCACAGUUGAUGUCCAUACUGACGCACCCAAAGUUGUGGAACCAGAGACCCAAGCACCUAUGCCUGCCAGAGGUGACGGCCCCGUCAACAAACCACAGCCCGUGCCUCAGGAUGAUGUUGUGUGUGUCAGCAAAGAGGCAGUCCAGGACAAAAACGCAGUCAAUCUGAAACUCAAGGCCUCCUCCAGCUGUAAAGACACCAAAGCGAAGAUUGAAAGUGUUCUGAAGGAGCUGUGUGGUGAAGACUGUAAGCUGGAUAUUUAUCAAGAGGACAACUCGGAUGAAAUCGUCGUAUCUGGAAAAUAUGUUGAAGAUGAUGUUGCAGGCAUGGCCAACAAGUUCAACAACGACAACAUCAAAGAUAAGACUGAUGUGAAGGAGGCUGUUCCUCGCUGGGGGAAGAACUCUAAGUUGGUACUGGUUUCCUUGCUGCUGACUGGCCUGUUGCUGGCUGCACUGCUGGUAGCUGGUUAUUACCUCAAGACCCACCACAAGAACUCCAAAGGCGUCAGACUGGCUGAAUCUUUCCAGGUGGAUGAGGAGAACCAGGCCAACACCCUGGUGUCUGUGGCCCCUCUACCCCAGGAGCCCCUCGACAAGCCGACGGUCAACGGUGAGUCUCCACCAGAAAACGGGACCAACCCUGCCCCCACCACUAACGGACACUCUGCCACCCAGACCCCAGUGGCUGACACGGAGAUGUGAAUCCUGACACCCCUGACCUCCUGUUCUGCCCAUCACCCACUGGGACACACUACCCACAAGCCCCUCUGCUGCCUCAGAGACUGUCCACACACUGAGACAAAUUCUGCAUGAAUCCACCAAAUACCCCCCCCCCUUCUUCCUCUGCUGCACCUCUCGUGAUGAUGACGACGAUGAUGAAGCUCAUGAUUAUGAUGAUGAAAUGACAAUGCCUGUAAUGUGAAAAGUUUGGGAUCACUGGCCUUCGCUGGUGUCAAGAGGAGCCUACAUAUGCUGUGUUUGGGACUGAGACUGCUCAGCAGGGCACCGGCUGGGAUUUGUUAGCCGCCCUGACUUGGGUCUAGUUGUAACAAUCACUGUAGAACCCCCAAAUAAUGCCAAAUAUGUGCUGUUGAUUCACGACGAAGACGCAGCGAAUGCUCUAUCAUUUCAAUCCACCAUUGUGGUGCAAUGAAACCAAUGAAGCCAGGCAGUUGAAAGGAGACCAGCUUUUGUACUGUUUUAAAAAGGACUGACGCUCACUGCUUGUUUUUUCUAUUUGAUUCAGGAAAUGGAAACAUUUUUUUUUUUUUUUGCCUUAACCUUGUUAAGACCUAUAAAGUGUAACAUGGGAAAGAAAGACGUGAAUGAAAGAGAUCCAUUGGUUUUGAAUUUACUGAAAGUUGGCUAUAUUUUCCUCACAGAUGGUCAAACAGUAAUUAAAAAACAGCCAUGUUUUGAUUUUCCUGAUGAUUUUCGAUAUUCAUCAGGAAAUGUUUGUUUUCAUAGUUGUUGUUUUUUUUUUUUGCCGUAACCUUGUUAAGACCUAUGAAGUGUGAGAUGGGAAAGAAAGAAAUGAAUGAAAGAGAUCCAUUGGUUUUGUAUUCACUGAAAGUUGGCUAUAUUUUCCUCACAGAUGGUCAAACAGUAAUUACAAAACUGCCAUUUUGCUUAAUUAUUGCUUGUUACCAUUGUUAUCAUUCUUCACAGAAACCAAAGACCAGUUGAUAUAGUGUUAGCAACAAAAACCAAAUUGAUAGAUAAGAUGGCAAGCAGCAAAUCUUUGGUUUCACUGAGGAAUGAAAUAAUGCUACCAGGCAUGCUAUUAGGGCUGUACCACCAGUACCAACACCAGGACUCUUAAAGUGAUGCUGAUACCAAUGUAGGACCUAACUUGAUACCUUUUUUCCUGCACUCUAAAAAAUUAUUCAUGGGGUCAGUGGAUAAAGCUUAAAACAAAGAAGUUUUUCAGCAUAAAUAAAGUCAGUUGACAACUUAUUUUAAGAAGUUGGUCAUAAGUAAAAACAUUUUUUAUGUAGGAUGGAAUAAAAAUAAACAAGUUAGAAUAUCUUAAAUAGAAUAAUUUGACCACUAAAUAUCACCACAACGUUUGGAUAAUAUUAAGUUGAUUCAACUUAAUGGUCAAAGCAAAUCACAUUGGUUGUACUAAAGUUUUUUUCAGAUUACAAAAGACUCAUAGGAUUCACUGUAUACGGCCACAGUUGGAACUCCUUAAAAAGAUGCAUGCAAAUAGUUAAUAAAAUAAUUUUUUAAAGUUGAACCAGUGGAUUAUUUUUUAGAGUGUACUUGAUUUGAUACCCAUCAUAUGAAUGGAGACAUUCAGUUGAGUAAAAUACCACCAGAUACCCAAAGGCAUGUGGUACAACCAUACUUUUGAAUGUUUUGGUGGCAUCUUGGCACGCUGAACUGCCAACUCUGUCAAAUACAACGUGGUCCCUUUCACCACACCACAGACUGUAUGGGUUGUACCUGCUGUGGCAGUGGGCCAAUCACACGUCGCAUUAAAGUGCUUGUAGUGACUGGCUGCAAGUAAAACCACAGUCUUUUUUUCUAGAUUUGGGUACAAAAAGGAGCAAAUGCAGGUUUGACUGGAGAAGUUUUGAUACUACUUGGUACUGGGUUAUUUCAGUCGAUACCUUCAAUGUGUUGAGUACUGAUACCGAGCCCUAUAAGGUGUUCAUAACAUGGAAAUGUCCGCUGAAAACUGUUGGUAUUUGUCUCAAUGCUUUAUACUGAUAAGCAUAAUGAACACCUAAACCUUGACAACCACUGACCUUUGGUCAAAGAUUUAUUGGGAUAGGUUGCAAGGUACAUUUCUCUUUCUGUAUUAGUGGUGAUUUUCAUGAUGACGUUAGUGUACAGUUUUUGUAUUAUUUUUUUGACAGAUGCAAACUUUUACUACUCUCACCACUGUCUUUUGGAGCGGUGAAGAGCAGCAGUGUUUUUUAGAUUCAGAGAAACAGAAAAAAAGACAAAAAACACCAAACAGACCGGGAGUUUUCAAGUUGCCGAGCUUGUAAACAAAAAUCACUGCCGUGAAAAUCCUUCACAACAUAAAGCAGGUUCAGCAUUCCCAAGAAUGCCUUUAUCUCCUUGUUGAUAUGAAACUUUUUUUUUAACAUCAGUGGUACACACUUUUAAGCUUGUCUUUUGAACAACUGGCUGCUUUCACGAUGUACUGCAUGUGUAAAUAAGCCUGCUUUCUCUGUUAGUAGUACCUGUGCCUGAUUCAUAAACUGUGAUUGUUGACAAUA